AUGUCCGAGACUAGGAAUGAAGAUUCCGGAGCAGGAAGAUCAGUGGAAGGCAAUUCAAAUGGACAAAGAAGUCAAUCAGAAGAAGCACUCGCGGAGAGGCAUUCGUCUGAUCAAGUCGAGAGUGGUACUCCUUCGACGACGUCACCCCCAAACUGGGACAUUGAUGAUGAUGAUGAUGAUAUUGGUAGUGACAACAAUCUCCCUGUGUAUCUGUGUGUUGCAAACUAUGAUGAUCUUCGUCCAGGUUGGAAUCAUUUUGCUCAGUUUACUGUAGCUGUGGUGAACACUGCUGAUCCAAAGAAAACAAAGCGUAAAGCAAAUUUCUUCGACCCGAAGGACUUUACAUCCACUUUAUUGAUGGAUGCGUUUUGUAGUGGGUUGAAGGCUCUGGCUCUUGAAGGUCAAACUAAAACUAGGCCAAGACUAACCGAUACCGAAGACUUUCCAGCUCCACUGGUUCGUAUGGACGGAGACAUGUUUGUGUUAGCUGAUGAUUUGCUGUUACUCUUAAAGAGGGCUGCCAUUGAGCCAUUUCUUCCAGAAGUUGAUAACGGUUCUCAAACCCCUACAAAGGAUGGGAUUGAUAUAGAUGCAGAUGAUAACGAAGCCACAGAGCGUGAUGAGAGGCGUUUAGCCGAGUUGGGUAGACUGACCGUAGAGAGAUUUGUUCUUCGACAUAUCUUCAUGUAA